UUAGCUGCUAGCUGUUGGCUGUUUGUGGUGCGGUUGGUUGGUGGCGCUGUUUGUCUGAUUGAGCGAUGCCAAGUCAUUAGUUGAUAUUUUGACGGUCGAGUGACAGGGUGCGUUUCGGAACGGCAACAGUUUUUCUGCUCCAUGCAAUUCGAAUUGUCAGUGCUUAUUUGCUUACUUGUUUGAUUCCUUUGUGAGACAACGAUUUUUGCUCAGCAUAUAAAUUGCUUAUAAAAUUAUUGAGACGAGAUCUAUUGUGAGUGACAUGAUAAUUGAAGUGAAUAAGUAAAGAAGUGUUGUUUUGACUUAAACACCAUAUAUAAAUAGUGUCGAAAAUAAUUCGCAAAUUGAUUUAAAACAGCAACUAACUGUGUUUUGGUGACAAAAAAGUUGAGAAAUUCUACAAACUGAAUUACCUACAGUACUUCGAAAUUCCUUAAAUACAACAUCAGGAUAAAUUUAUGCAUCUUUCAAAUGCACAUUAAAUGAUUUCGUGGAACGCGUAAAAAGUGUUAACUGCAAUAUUAGAGUGAAGCGAGCGAUUGCGCGUCGGAUUCUGGAGACACUUGCCCCGAGACAAAAACAGAAAAACGCCCAAAGCAGUGAGCGAAACAAAACAAACACCAGCGUGCGCGAGUAACUCGAAGGCCUGCAAAUUAACUGAUAAACUAACGACUUUCCAGUGCUACAUUAGACGCUCGAACGCUGCGCCGCACACUUUUUCAACGCUCCACAGUAGAGCUGCGUGCGUGUAAAUAAAUCUCAGCGACGACGACGACGACGCCACAACUGUAAUAAACGUUAAGAAUUUUACAAAACGAACAAUAAAACAAAAAAUAGUGAAACAAGAAGAAGAAGAAGAAAAUAGUUCAACUCUAAUUUUAUUACGCGAGUGAUUAAAGCUUAGUGAUAAGCGGCCAUUAAAAGUGUAACCGCUUGCCCGAAAUAGAAGUAGCCCGACAACGCUGUUGUUGUUAGUGUUUUUUUGUGAGUAAGUGAGUGAUUAUACGAACGCUGGACACGCUGCUGUCAAUCAGCUGCACCGACGACGCAUUGACGCAAGCAGCCGUGCAGAGACGCGGACGCGGCGGUGGUGGUGCUGGAGGUGCCGCAGCUGUUAGUGCUGUUGGUGUGGGUGCAAGCGGCGGCAGAAACAUUAGUCGCUGGACCGAAAUACCGUUGGGCAUAAAUACGCGAAAUAUGCCACAUACAGGACAAGCUGGCGUUAAUCAACUGGGCGGCGUUUUCGUCAAUGGCCGACCCUUGCCCGACUGUGUGCGCCGUCGCAUUGUCGAGUUGGCUCUAUGCGGUGUACGACCUUGCGAUAUAUCACGACAAUUAUUGGUCUCACAUGGUUGCGUUUCCAAGAUAUUAACGCGCUUCUAUGAAACUGGUUCUAUACGACCGGGAUCGAUUGGCGGCAGCAAGACCAAGCAAGUAGCCACGCCCACCGUGGUCAAGAAAAUCAUACGCUUGAAGGAGGAGAACAGCGGCAUGUUUGCUUGGGAGAUACGCGAGCAAUUGCAGCAACAACGCAUUUGUGAUCCCUCUUCGGUGCCCUCCAUCAGUUCCAUCAACAGAAUAUUGCGCAAUAGCGGUCUGUGGACCGAUGAGAUGACAUCGAGUCAGCAAAAUGCCGCCGCUGCUGCUGCUGCCGCACAGCAAAUGUCAACGGUUGCCUAUUCAACGCAAGCUCAUCUCUAUGCGAAUAGCGCUGCCGCCGCGGCCGCCGCUGCCGCUGCUGGCAGUAGUAAUGCGCCGGGCUGUCCACCCUCAGCCGACGGCGCUAGAGUUCCCACAGCCACUUUAGUACAUCGCUCAGCGUUACCACCUUUGCGCGCAGCUCACCAUGCACAUCCCUCUUCGCAUCUCGCCGGCACCAGCGCUCAUCCGCAUGUUGCUGCACCGCAUCCGCUCAGUUUGCCUGCACAAUUCCGUUAUAACUCCGCCGCAGCUGCUGCUGCUGCCGCUGCAGCGGUAGCGGCCAACGAGAAUGCUAGAGGAAAUGUCAGCGCAGCAACGCAGGAGGCGCGCUUAAUGGCAACCGCCAGUGUCGGUGAUAUGCCCAUCAAACCGGAACCAAAGCAUCCAGCCACUGCGCAUAUGGCAGCAUUGAGUGCCGCUGGUAGCAGCAGUUCGGCACUUGCACAACUCUCAGCUACGGUUUCCUCGGCGGUGUCGGGUCAACUCAGCGCACAGGAUCUCACCUACACAGCAUUGCACAAGCACUGGCUGUGGCAUCCCUCGCUACUCUACUACUCCACGCAGCAUGCACAGGCUGCCACCCAAUUUCUACCAUACGCUCAAGCUCAGUGUCCGGCGUAUUUCCACGCCGGUGGCAGUGGCAGCAGCAGCAGCGGUAUAGGCAGCACGCUCAGCAUCGACUUGGUAACGCACAGUGCCAGCGAUGCGGUUAGUGACUGUGAUUCUGGAAAGUCUUCGCCAGCGACCUCACUGAACGCUGCACCCACCGCAGGCUCCCUAAGCGGCCGUGAGUCGGCGCAAGGCAACGUAACCAACUGUCGCAAGCGCAAUCCUUACUCCAUUGAGGAACUGUUGAAAAAGCCGGAGAAGCGCAUGCGUCUGCAAGGCGGUGAUGGCAGUCCACGCAAGGAGGACGAAUCCAGUGACAGCAGCGUCAGCUCGAGCGCCAGUAGCCGCAGCAGCUGCUAUGAUGACAGCUGUGAUGAGACGCGCAGUCAAAAGACCGAACCGCUGGCCGCUGACGACUGCAAUGAUAAUGUAGAGGUUGUGAAUUAAUUGAACUAGUUCAGAGAGACGAACUAGUAAGGUGUUAGUGAGAGAAGGAGUAUAUUCGAAGUAUUUAUUGAUGUAAUAAUUGUAAUUAAAUCAAAGACAAAUUAUGUUUAAAUUAAAUGUGUAAAUGAACUCAAUUGUGUAUCUUAAAGAUAGUAUUGAAAUGAAAGAGCGCUAUAUGGUAUAAGUAGCUGUGUAGUUAAAUGCUUAAUUUUUGUGAAUGGAU